AUGCCCACCGACACUGCUAACAAGUCAAAAGGCAAGCGCCGCUCCACCAGCCAAAGCGCCUCGCCCCCCCCCUCCAAGCGGAUCCGUACUGUCAAUUGGAACAAGGAUGUUGGCACAGAUGGGAACUCUGCCAAGUACCAUCUUGUGCAGUGGCUUAUCAUGCGCAGUGGCCGUUCCAUGAAAAGCAAUUUUGAGUGUUUGAAGACAUCGCCCAAAGGCGGCAAUGGGGGUCGCGCCAACCUUCACAAGGGUGCGAUUCAGUACCUCAUCCUCUUGUUGAGAAAGAGUUACACUGAGGCCUUGCAGUUCAAGAACAGCACUGGGGCUGGACAGCUUGAUGGGGAGGAGCGAAACAGCGGCGUCCUUAAGAGGUGCCAGUACUUCGAUGACCUGAACAAAGUGCUAUUCCACCAAGCGGCUUCCAUGCCGAAGAACGGCGCUGAUACCCUCAGCAUGGGCGACACGGACCCUUCUUCUGUUCAACUUGACCUCAUCAUGCGAAACAUCAUUGGGAGGGAUGAUGACGCUGAGGGCAUCGAGAAAGAGGAUGACAAGGACGAGGAUGACAGGGAGGAGGAGGACAAGAAUGACAGGGAGGAGGAUGACAAUGUUGAUGAGGAUGGGGAUGGAGAGGAACACCCUCCAAUUGCUGUCAUCGCGACUCCAGCUCGCCGAUCUGUUGCAUGCAGUCAUAGGGCAGCUAACACUCCCAAGACCCCUCUCAGUCUUCAUCAUAAGUCUGCUGGUGAGGGAAUGACUGCGGACGAUGAGAUGGAGAGCCUGCAGAAGAUUGCCGAGGAGCACGCCCAGCGCCGCCACGAUGAGGUGAUCCGGUUGGAGAAAAAGAAGAUGGAGGCUGAGAGAGAGAGGUUCGAGCUCGAGAAGAAGAAGGCGGAGGUCGAGAAGAAGAAGGCGGAGGUUGAGAUGAAGAAGGCGGAGCAAGAGGUGUCGGCCUCUAAGCUCGAGAUGUGGCACAAGCACGUGUUGUUUAACAUGGAGAGACGAGGUCUGACGUAUGAGGCGGCCGCGGCUGAUGCAAGCCCGAUGAUGCCUUCCUUCUUGAGCUAG